GGCACCAGUAAAACCAGACCACCGGCUCCUGUUCAUACCAGUAAAACCAGACCACCGGCUCCUGUUCCUACUGUGCACAUCCGCUGCUCUACUUUACACACCUGCUCCGGUAUGUCCUCGCGCUGCCUGUAGUGUGACCGAACAUGGUCUGAGUCCUAGCACGCGCAAUGCAUGUCACAUGGGGUUUGCUGACGGUUUUCGGUCUGCUGUGCCACACUGAGGCCAAGUGCUCACCGACCUCCUACUACAAGAACUGUUGGAUUCGACGAUUCCCUGGGAUUUUCAUCGAUAUCGAGGAGUCUCAGAGAAGAGGAGCUCAGCUUUUGAAGCAUUAUCAGGAGGAGACGGCUCUGAAAUGCAGCCGCACCUGCUGCCUCACGAGGAACUUUUCCUGUAAUUUGGCUAUUUUUCACUAUGAUGCAACCCAAGAAAACGUGAACUGCUUCCACCUGCACUGUCCCACACUGGAGAGCUGUAUUCUCAGCCACAGAAGCAACGUUGUUCUUUACAACAUCACUAAGGGUGUGGAUCCGGACCUGUUGGUGUUUGGUAAAUACUUCACAUCCAAUGUACGCGUGUUACCCCACCACUAUACCCGAGUCAACGCCUCAGAGCAUCUGGGCUCAGACAAGCGCCAGUUCAUCCAUCCACCUCCGCCCCCGGUGCUGCCUCUGACAUCAGCCCCCACGGUAAAGACCCCCACCACAAUGACCGGAGCGCCGACCACCACCGUCACCGCACCGCAGAGCACCACUCAACCUACGACGGUUUCCACGGCUACAGCUGGCUUCUCCCCUCCUUCGACAACAACCCCGAACAGAGAUGCACAUAAUUCAUCAUCACUGCCUUCCUCCACCACUCCUCAGUCACAGAGCUUUACAAUGCCUCACACACACACCACCAUCACCACCACCCUUGGAGUUUACAACACCCCGACCACUGCUGCUUUCUCCUCCACCCUGGAGCCUACAUCAUCUCUACAGUCCCUCACACCCACCUCUACUGACCAGUACACCACCAGCUUUUCCCAGUCAGUCACCAGUCCUGCAGCUUCCACUGAUGUUAUGGGUAACAUAGAAAGCAGCAAGCAGUACCCCAAUGACACCAAAGGCAGCAUGGGGAGAAACCACACAUCAGGAGGCGACGCUGAGCACGGCGUUACGAAUGGAGAAGACACUUGGGGAGAUCUGGGACCUGGAUGGCAUGUGGCCACUCACACGUUGCUGGUUGCCGUAGCGAUCUGUAUCACACUGUUGCUGAGCUGCUGCUGCUCCAUUCUGCUGGUUGUGAGCUGGAGGGGUCAGAGGAAGAGGAUGGGACGCUACCGUACAUCGUGGAGAGGGAAGACAGGCUCCAUGCGCCUGAUUAAAUAUGUUCUAGUCAGAGAGAGCUCCUGAAAGUUGGAUCCAAAAAACAUUUCUUUGUGUUAA